AAUCAUCCAAUAUCCAAAGAAGCCUAAGUAGCAAUAUCUCCACUACUUGUCGUAUUGCAUGGCUGAUCAUUUCUUUGACGUUACGCCAAGCGACAAUCCUCCCCCUUCAGAAAACUUCUCCCCCACUGGCUCUGCUAGUGGUAAUGUACUAUCACCUCGUAGGCAUCCGAAUUUUCGAGGAAUUCGGCAAAGGAACUGUAAAUGGGUGUCUGAAAUUCGCGAGCCUCGAAAAACUACGCGUAUUUGGCUAGGUACCUUCUCCACUCCUGAGAUGGCUGCUGCUGCAUAUGACGUUGCAGCUUUGGCAUUAAAAGGUCCCGAUGCUCCCUUAAAUUUCCCAGAUUCCGCUUACUCGUACCCCGUCCCGGCUUCUCUUUCGGCCACGGACAUUCGUGCUGCUGCUGCAAAUGCUGCUGCUGCUAGAGCACCUCCAAUUUCAGAAAGCAAUAGUCAUGAAGUGCUGGCUGAAACUGAAAAUUAUGAAGGGGCAUCGACUACUGUAGCAGCUACAUUUGUGGAUGAAGAGGAAAUUUUUGGAAUGCCAAAAUUGCUGGACGAAAUGGCAGAGGCAAUGCUUGUUAGCCCGCCAAGGAUGCAUCAGUCAACAUCUUACGAUGAAUCACCUGAAAAUUCUGAUGCAGAUAGUCUCUGGAGCUAUCCUUAAACUAUGGCCCCCAUGUACAGUCCAGAACUAGAAUAACGGAACCACUAUUAGUAAAAGUUAAGUGGGUGUGAACGAGUACUUGUAUUUCUUUUUUCUUCUUUCAGCAAAAAAGGAAGUUACUUUACUUUUAUUGAAACAAUUAACUUGACUUCUCAAAAAUCAAAACUAUUAAUUCAGAAGUCAAAGGAAAUUGUUUUCAAUUUCUGCGUAACUUCUUCAAAAUGAAUACACCCAUAUAAACUUGGUGUGUGGACUCUCAUUAUUGUUUAUAGUUGAGAAGUCCCUUUUCUUGUAAUGUACGAGUAAUUAAUCUUGA